AUGCAACUAUUCUCUUGGCCUCGGUCACAUCUUCUAGAGAUCGGCGACCAAGAUUGGUGCCCAUCGUGGCUUCAUCGGCACGAGCAACUGGUUCUCACCCAACUGUGGAAUCUUCGAGCUCCCGGGUGGAGCCAUGGAAAUCUUGCGAAACAGGCAUGUGUAGUGUUCAAAGAGCAUUUUAAAGAUCUUUCCUCUUACACAGUUUUGGACAUAUGUGCCGGUGCCGGUGGGCCUACCCCAGUCCUGGAAUCGGAGCUUAAUAAAGAGCUCGAAUCCGAGGGUAAGGGCCCUGUUCAUUUUGUGUUGAGCGAUCUUUACCCCCAUAUUGAAGAGUGGGAGCGAAUCUCGAAGAAGCAGCAGAAUGUCACUUAUAUCGAGAGUGCGGUGGAUGCUCGAGCUGUUCCUCGAUUUGCAGAAAGUUCGAAAAAGGAGUGUCGGAUCUUCAACAUUUGUUUCCAUCACUUCGGAGACGAAGAUGCAGCAGGAAUACUGAAGAGUGCAAUUGAGACCGCCGAUUCGUUUAUCAUAUUCGAAAUCACGUCACGCGAUCUUUGGACUUGUCUAUGUUCGCCUUUGGUCUUCUUUUGGACUUUCUUUGUAACUCUUGUUUGGUACUGGGAUUCGCCAGUCCAUCUCUUUUUCACAUUUAUUCUGCCCGUAGCGCCUCUGACUAUCUUUGUUGAUGGGUUUAUAUCCUGCCUCCGAACUCGCACCACAAAGGAAACCUGGCAACUGCUAGAUCAGCCAGAUCUUGAUCUCACCAACUGGACCUUCCACAGUGGACAAAAGACUGUUCAAUUUCCUUUCAUCACUUUGUAUUACCAUGUCGGCAUCAAAUCAUAA